AUGUCCGACAGCAGAAAACCCGACGACUAUGCAAUUGAGAUGGAGAAGCUGGACCAUAAUAAGGGCUUUCAGGCGUCGCCGCCUCCGCCUCAACCUAGAAGCUCCCCGGCGAAUUCAGUUGCCAACAAUGCCGUUCUCUCAGUCCUUGCAUACUGCGGCUCGUCCAUUCUGAUGACCGUGAUGAACAAAUACGUACUUUCCGGCGCGGACUUCAAUCUCAAUUUCUUUCUCCUCUGUGUGCAGUCUGUCGUGUGCAUAAUCGCGAUUCAAACUUGCAAGGCUUGUGGUCUUAUCACAUACCGCGAUUUCAAUCUGGAUGAGGCCCGGAAGUGGUUCCCGAUCACUCUCCUCCUUAUCGGUAUGAUUUACACCGGAUCCAAGGCGCUUCAAUUCCUCUCGAUUCCAGUCUACACAAUCUUCAAGAAUUUGACGAUCAUUCUUAUUGCUUACGGAGAGGUUCUGUGGUUUGGUGGCUCCGUGACCGGCCUUACUCUUUUCUCGUUCGGCCUCAUGGUCUUUAGCUCAAUCAUUGCUGCCUGGGCCGACAUCAAGCAUGCGGUCGAAAGCACCAGUGACGCAACCGCCACGGUGUCGACAUUGAAUGCUGGUUACUUAUGGAUGUUGAUCAACUGCCUUUGCACGUCGUCAUACGUGCUGGGAAUGCGCAAGAGGAUCAAGCUGACCAACUUUAAGGAUUUCGAUACUAUGUUCUAUAAUAACCUUCUCUCGAUCCCCGUUCUUAUCGUCCUUUCCGGAUUGAUGGAGGAUUGGUCCCCCGCCAACGUUACCCGCAACUUCCCCCCCGCUGAUCGCAACGGUAUCAUGUUUGCGAUGAUUCUAUCCGGUUUGUCGACGGUGUUCAUCUCUUACACCUCUGCAUGGUGUGUCCGUGUUACAUCGUCGACCACUUACUCAAUGGUCGGCGCUCUCAACAAGCUGCCUAUCGCUCUCUCCGGACUGAUCUUCUUCGACGCACCCGUCACCUUCCCCAGUGUAUCUGCCAUCUUUGUUGGUUUCGUCAGUGGUAUCGUGUACGCUGUCGCAAAGAUCAAGCAAAACGCUAAGCCCAAAGUCGGAAUACUGCCGACCUCCAACCCCGUUAGCGCCAGCAGCCAGAGCAUGCGGGACUCGCUGCGCUCCUAG